AUGCCCGCUCCAACUUCGGAGAUAUGCGGCUCUGGGUCAAACUGUGAACUGCUGACCGUCAAUGGUACCAAGGCCUACCGGUUCAAGCGUGGCUUCGAGCCAGGAAGCCACGACUACCAGAAGAGAUUUUAUGAAAUGCCCGGAGUCCAAGGGGUAGCUCGUCGAGACGACAAGGUCGAAACAAAGGUGGUCAUGGGCGAGACGAUGAUGCAAUGGGGAUGUGAAACAGACGUACAGGCCAAGAUCAAAGACGCUAUCAACUCAGCCUGCAGGAAGGAGGGCGGAUGCGAUGAGGGUUCUCCUAAGAGUUUCGACAUUCGCAAGUGGGAGGGUACCAGCAAAGAACCAAGUGAUGCAAAACUGAACAUCAGGCUUGAUGGAAAGUACUCCAACGAAAAGGCUAAGAAUGCACUGCAAGAGGCCCUCCAAGCUACAGCCAAGGGUGACAGCGUCACGACCAACGAUCAGAAGUGGAUAGUGCGAGCCACUCCUUCUGGAAGUCAUUGGGGUAUGACUGAUAGAGGAGGCAAAUGUGCAGAGAAGCAAUUUCCCAAUUAUGUUGCUAUCAACCGGUUCGAAAACGGCAAUCUCAGGGAGUCGAUGGAAUUCCGGGCAGAACUUGUUGAGGGUAAAAAGAAUUGUCUGGGAGUGACCAUCAUGGGAGCCAUUGCUGGGGCGAUCAAUCCAAUUGCCGGAAAGUUCUUUGGGGCUGUGAAGGUGUUAUUCCCGAAGCCGCUGCAGCCUGGUGGGGAAAUAGCCUUCAUUUCCCCCUCAUACCGGAUUAACAACGAGCAACGAAGCGCCAUGUCGCGGGCUAAAGGAUUACUUUCCUCCCGAGGCUAUAUGGUGCGCGAACUUUUCACUCCUGAUACGGGCAUCCAAUCAUCCAUUGCCAACCGACUUUCGGAACUCCGUGCAGCAUUUUCAGACUCAUCCGUGUCAGCUGUAAUCUGCACGAUCGGCGGACCGUCUUUCACUGAGCUACUACCAAGCCUUAUUGCUGACACCGAGCUGCAUGGUAUCAUCCGCGCCAACCCAAAGAUCGUUGUCGGAUACUCUGACAUAACCGGCUUGCACUGGUUCCUGCACGCUAUGACCGGGCUUCGCACUUUCUACGGACCUGGUGCCAUCCCCGAGCUGUGCGAGCCCAUAGCGGAGAAGGACGAUGGCUACGAGGGUUCGGCCCUUGCCUUCUGCGUCAAACAUCUGUUCCGGGCCAUCACAGAUCCGGAGCCCAUCGGUGACAUAGCAAGGUCAGCCACGUAUGCGCCAGCAAUGCCGCGCAUCUUUUUUGGCGACCCUGAAUCAGUGGAGCCAACGAAACUCGUUCCCGCUACCGGCUGGACAUGGCUCCGACCUGGUAAGGCUCAAGGACGGCUGUUCGGCGGUUGCCUAACUGUCAUGGCGCGCCUAGCUGGUGUUCAGGCCAUUGUGCCGGACUGGAAUGGGCGCAUUGUCUUCUUCGAAACCGCCACCGGCGACGAUGAUGUGUCAGGAAACCCACUGGAAAGAGUGAGGGCUGGGAUAGCAGACUUGAUUGCGCAGGGCGUGUUUGAGAACGCAGCAGGAUUGGUUGUGGGACGGCCGUUCGGAUAUGAUUCCCCAGAGAGAAAGGAGGAGUACAUGAAUGUCAUCAAAGGUCUGCUGUGUGACGGUCGUCUGGCUGAAAAGAAGUUUCCGAUUCUGUUCAACGUCGAUUUCGGCCACACAACGCCGAUGGUGACCCUGCCACUUGAUGGUUUGGCAGUUCUAGACUCCGAAAAAGACCAAUUUGCUAUCAUAGAAUCAGUUUUAAGUACAUGA